CUUGCAGCGGUCGCUAUGGAAAAGCUUGCAGACAUGUUUGCGGUCAUUGUUAUGAUGAUCAGCUGUGUGAUCACGAGACGGGACUGUGUCCAGAGGGCUGCGCGCCGGGCUGGACGGGGCCUUGGUGUCAACAGCCGUGCAUGUCUGGAACCUACGGUAUCGAUUGUGGGAGUCGGUGCCACCACUGUCUGGACAACGUGACGUGUCAUGUGGCCAGCGGUUUGUGUCCUUGGAGGUGUGAGCCGGGAUGGACAGGCCACAGGUGUAACAUAGAAUGUGAGCCGGGAUGGCACGGCUCAGACUGUGAGUUUACUUGUGGACAUUGUUUCAAGAACUCAGUGUGUGACAGGCAGAACGGGGUGUGUCCUUUUGGGUGUGACCCUGGCUUUGAUGGAUUAUUCUGUACCUCAGAAUGUAUGCCUGGGUACUGGGGUCCCAACUGCCAGUACAAGUGUGGUCACUGUCUCAGUCGUGCAUGUCACACGGUCACCGGGUACUGUAGCAACCGGUCUUGCAGGGCAGGUUGGUCGGGCCCUAGGUGUGAUGUUAUGUGUAGGUCUGGAACAUAUGGCCUGAACUGUGCCAUGUUAUGUAGGCACUGCCAGUCGCCAUGUGACGCCAGAGACGGAUCGUGUCCAACUCAGUGCCUUCCAGGAUACACGGGACGGACUUGUGUUGAAU